CAGUCGCCCUUCGGGCCCUGCCACUAUGAGAUGAAGCAGUUCCUGGAGUGCGCCACCAGCCAGAGCGACCUGACCUUGUGCGAGGGCUUCAACGAGGCGCUGAAGCAGUGCAAGUACAGCAACGGUGAGUCCGUGUUUCUUCUCUCCUGUGAAGAAUCUGCCUCCUUGUAG